UAUCCCACUCUUCAUUCUUCAAGCAUUUCCAAAAAAAAUGUAUUUUUCUCAAUAAACCCUUCCUUCCCAACCGACGUCGCUCCCUCUUAUUAUUUGAAUCGAAUUAGAAUCAUCAUCGAUAAGAUGAACUCAAGUAGCAAGAGUAAGAAGGAGAAGCUGAUGUGUGUCCUUGCUAUUCCUGCAAUCAGCAGCACGUCCAAUGUCACACAAACAAGGAAGAAAUUACUUAACCCCCAACCGAUGGACCUAAGUAACAAGUGUAAGAAGGAGAAGGCGAUGUAUGUCCUCGCUCUUUCUGCAAUUAGCAGCACGUGCCAUGUCACACAAACAAGGAACAAAUCACUCAAUUUCGAGCAGAUGAACUUAAGCAGCAAGUGUAAGAAGGAGAAGCUGAUGUAUGUCCUCGCUCUUCCUGCAAUCAGCAGCACGUGUCAUGUCACACAAACAAGGAACAAAUCACUCAAUCCACCGCAGAAGAACAAUAUUGGAGUGCAUAAAAAGGACAUGAUCAAAACCAGCAAACCACAAAGCACAACAAACGAGGUUGGGGUAAAUAAUGUGGAUGCCAAAAGCAAAACCAAAAUCGAAAAUAGAAAACGUGGUUUAGAGACAAUGAUUUCUCAUAACAAUGACAACCAGGACUCCCAUCCUACUAACAAACAUAAGAAGAAAAAGAAAGUUAUACUUGAUGCCAUAAACAAUGGUCAUAGGGGAGAAAAUCAUGAAUUUUGUAAAGGCGAUGAUGAAGGUAACGUUGUUAAGGGUAACAAGACAAACAAUCUAGACUCAGAGGCCAUGUCUAAACAUGAUAACCCGUUUGCUGAGUUCGAAUUUAAAGGGACAAGAAAAUCAACAAUGCACCAAAAUUCAGAAAAUCAAAAGCAACUUAAGAAGUUUGUUCCCGAAAAAACCUACCUAACUGCUUCCCAAAGGCGAGAUGAGGCUUACAAAAAGAAGACUCCAGACAUCACAUGGAAACCUCCGCGAUCCGAUUAUAAUCUCAUUCAGGAAGAUCAUAUCCAUGAUCCUUGGAGGGUUAUGGCUUUAUGCAUACUUCUAAAUAAAACACAGGGUUUGCAGGUUAAAAGAGCGAUAUCAGAUUUUUUUAGUCUAUGCCCAGAUGCAAAGACUGCUGCACAGGUUCCAGAAAAGAUGAUUAGAAAGGUUAUAACACCACUUGGAUUACAGAAAAUAAGGGCGAGGACGGUUAGCAUAUAUUCUAAACAAUAUAUAGAAGAUAACUGGACACAUGUUACUCAACUCUUUGGCAUUGGCAAGUAUGCAGCAGACGCAUAUGCAAUAUUUGUUACAGGGCACUGGAAUCGUGUAAGACCCAAAGAUCAUAUGCUUGUAAAGUAUUGGAAUUUUCUUCGUGGUAAAAGGAAUUUAUUGCACUCACCUUCUUAGCAUAUAAGAUACCGAGUCUAAUUGCUGUCAUUCAAGUACUCUUCGCUAUUAUGUGUUAGAUUUUGGGAAGUGUAGAAUGUUAAGUUUUGGCCUAAAUGGUAUAGUCAAAGACUAAUCUUA